AUGAUGCAAAACAAGGUCCAUGCUGUCUGCAGUGAAGGUCACAGUGGAGUAAACCAGCUGGGCGGUGUGUUUGUGAAUGGGAGGCCUUUACCUGAUACUACCAGGCAGAAGAUAGUGGAGCUGGCACACAGUGGAGCUCGACCCUGUGACAUAUCCAGAAUACUGCAGGUAUCUAACGGCUGCGUGAGUAAAAUCCUGGGCAGAUAUUACGAGACAGGUUCCAUCCGUCCUCGAGCCAUAGGAGGGAGUAAACCCAGGGUGGCCACUCAGGAAGUGGUGGGGAAGAUUGCUCACUACAAGAGAGAGUGUCCAUCCAUCUUCGCCUGGGAGAUCAGAGACCGACUGCUGGCAGAGGGAGUCUGCACCAACGACAACAUACCCAGUGUUUCAUCAAUAAAUCGAGUCCUCAGGAACCUCACCAGUGAUAAGCCGCAGAUGGGCACAGUGGGAGCUGAGGGGAUGUUUGACAAACUCAAGAUGCUCAAUGGACAAACCUCCUGGGGGGGGCGCUCAGGGUGGUACGCUGGGACUACACUCACUACUCCUGGUAAGACACUAAAGUGUCCGCAGGCGGAGGGGGGGGAGAACACCAUAUCAGGAAGUUCCAACGGUGACGACUCAGAGGAGACUCAGAUGAGGCUCCAGCUGAAGAGGAAGCUGCAGAGAAACAGAACGUCUUUCACUCAGGAGCAGAUAGAAGCACUGGAGAAAGAGUUUGAAAGGACUCACUAUCCAGAUGUGUUUGCCCGAGAACGCCUUGCCAACAAAAUAGACCUUCCAGAGGCCAGAAUACAGGUUUGGUUUUCCAAUAGACGAGCGAAGUGGAGAAGAGAGGAGAAACUGAGAAACCAACGUCGCCAGGUGUCCAGCUCCUCCAACCAUAUCCCCAUCAGCAGCAGCUUCAACACCAGUGUUUACCAGCCUAUACCACAACCUGCUACACCAGUGUCCUUCUCUUCAGGAUCCAUGUUGGGAAGGUCGGAUUCAGUUCUGUCCAACAGCUACGGCCUACCCACAAUGCCCAGCUUCAGUAUGGCUGCCAGUCUGCCUAUGCAACCCCCCAUACAUGCAUCCAGCCAGAGCUCUUAUUCCUGCAUGCUGCCCACCAGCCCAACUUUAAAUGGAAGAAGUUAUGAGACCUAUACUCCUCCACACAUGCAGCCUCACAUCAACAGCCAGUCAAUGACGUCCUCCGCAACAUCGUCAACAGGUCUGAUUUCCCCCGGGGUCUCAGUGCCAUUGCAAGUUCCAGGAAAUGAAGUGGACAUGUCACAGUACUGGCCACGCCUGUAG